GAAAGACAGGAAGCGAUAGAGUGUCCUUCUCAGGUGUCCCGUCUCCCGCCUGUUGCUCCUUGCUCUUAGUGCUAUCUUGUCGACACAAUUUCGAGCCAGACCCAAUGGCGAUCGGUGUUGGGAGAAACGACACGGCUCUGAAUCGGUACAUUGAUGAGGACAAGGUGCCAUGGUACAGGAAGAAGAAUCUGCGCCUCCUGUACCUCCUCAUGUUCCCGACAUGUAUCGGUAUCGAAAUGACUAGCGGGUUCGACUCGUCAAUGAUGAAUGGCUUGCAGGCGGUACCGACUUGGGAUGCAUUCUUCGGUCACCCCAGAUCCACCAUCCUCGGACUUCUGUCUGCACUCUACUCCCUGGGCUCGAUAUGUUCCCUCCCAUUCGUCCCUCUCGUCACCGAUAAGCUCGGUCGCCGGUGGGCUAUUGCGUUUGGUAGCGUGAUCAUGAUCAUCGGUGCUGCCCUUCAGUGUGCGUCACAAGACUUCGCGAUGUUUGUCAUCGCCCGCUUCCUCCUCGGCUUCGGCAUACCCUUCGCGAUCGUCGCCGCAUCAUCUAUGAUCGGCGAGCUCGCACACCCCAAGGAGCGCGCGCGCAUGGGCUCACUGUUCAAUGCGUCCUGGUUCAUCGGCGCAAUCGUGGCCGCGGGCGUCACCCUCGGCACCUUCCAGAUGCCUACCAACUGGGGUUGGCGCAUCCCAUCCAUCCUACAAGUCACCCCCUCCGUCCUCCAGAUCGUCUUCAUUUGGUUCCUCCCGGAGUCCCCUCGUUGGCUCAUCUCGAAGGGCCGCGGCGAGGAGGCUUACGCGGUCCUCGCAAAGUUUCACGCCGAGGGCGACGUGAACUCAGAGUUCGUGAAGCUCGAGUAUGCAGAGAUCGAGAAGACGCUCGAGCUCGAGAAGGAGCAGCAGAAAGGUAGCUGGCGCGAGUUCGUGCUCGCCCCGGGCAUGCGCAAGCGCUUGCUCAUCUGCUCGUUCCUUGGUCUCGCGACGCAGUGGAGCGGGAACGGACUGACGUCGUACUUCCUUGCGCGCAUCCUCGAUAGCGUCGGUAUCACGGAUGACAGGACGCAGAAUCUGAUCAAUCUGGCGAUGACAUGCUGGGGCUUCAUUAACGGGACGGCGCUCGCGCUCACGAUGCCCAAGCUCCCCCGGAGGGUAGGCUACCUCGCGUGCACGAUCUCGCUAACCGUGAUCUUCACGGCUUGGACGGUCGCAAGUGCGAAGUAUGCGGAGACGGGUAGCCAAGGCGCGUCUCGCGCGGUGAUCGCGUUUAUCUUCCUGUACAGCCCAGCGUACAACAUGGCAUACAACGCGCUCACAUACACGUUCCUUGUCGAGCUGUUCCCCUUCCAUGCUCGUGCCAAGGGUAUCGCAGUCUUUCAAUGGUGGAGUCGUGCUGCAGGAUUCUUCAACCAGUUCGUCAACCCUAUUGGCAUCGCCAACGCAGGAUGGAAGUACUACAUCAGCUAUUGCGUCUUCCUGGUAUUCGAGAUCUUGUUCGUCUACUUCCUUUUCCCAGAGACGGCCAACCGCUCCCUCGAGGAACUUGCUUUCCUGUACGAGGGCGACAAAGUUCGUGCCGAGCAGCAAAAGCGCGUCGAGGAAGACAUGCUCGUGCUCGAGAACAAACCUCCCAUCCCCGAGCAUGCGAGCGACAAGGAGAGUGCGUUUCAUGUGGAGGUCAGCAAGAUCUGAAUGUUGUCAUGAUCCUUUGCACGUGUAUACUACCAUGCGGACACGAUUACUGUAUCGUUAGAGUUCCUUUGCCUCCUCACAUCUGCACGAGUUUGCGAAGGGAGUUGAGUCCCCACACGCAACGUUCAUCUGGAACCGUCUGCUGACAGUUGCCAGUGAGCGCCACCUUCCAUAGCCUCAUGCGUGUCGUCGAAGCCGGGCAGCUGCCUGAACACCUCAAAGUAACCUCGGUAGUACUCGGCUGUUACUCGGCCGUCUCGCUCCAAAUCUCCCAAUGUCCCCUGCACUCGCCUGUGGUGCAUCUCCCAUCGCUGCUCAUCGUUCACUUUAAGCAUUUCGUUGAGCGCAGGCACGAACGGCGCAAACGCCGCGGUACACGUUGACGCCUGUCUGUCUCCGGUCCGGUCCGAGUCCUCAGCCUCUUCUGCUAAUCGCUGGAUCGUAUCCCGGACCGCUUGACGGUUCAUCCAAAGUUCGUAU